AUGCAGUCCGACAUUCAGCCUCGGAGCCCACAAGGCUCCAGCCUGUUCUUGAAGCUGCCCACUGAGAUCCGCUUGGAGAUAUACACUCGCGUCUUCUAUUCCACUCGCCUGUCCUUCGGGGGAAGAGUGAGAACCGCUACCCCCGUGUCACUAUCCCGUCGAUUGACGGAUUCUGCGAACCUCGAAAAUGUCCAGCUGCGUUCAGCGCCGAACAGCCUCAGCUUACUCCGCGUCUGCCGCCGAGUCAACAGCGAGAUCGGCCACAGCUGGAUAGGCCAGGUACUCUUCAGCUUCGAAGGUGCACAGACAACAUUCCGGAAGCUUACCGCGCUGGAGCCGUCAGUACUGGCGAAGCUGCGCCUUAUGCGCAUGUCGGGGCAACAGCCCAGGCUCAAGAUCGGGGGCGAUUACCGAACUACACAACGUGGAUGGGACAACAUGCUCAAGGUGCUGACCGGCUUGUGUCUGGACAGGCUGAUAAUUCUCGGUGACCGCAGUCUUCGAGAUGACCUACCGACUGUGGCUGAGCUCAUUAAGCACAGCGAUGGGUGGAAGGAGCUCUACUACCUGCUUCACAGCUCCGCCAUCCUCGAAUUUACUGACCUAUUCUGGUCGCUAGGCGACGUGUACGGGGCACGAGGGCCGUCAAUUUUCAACUCAUCACUUCCUCUCGCGAGGUCGUUUCUGGCCCGCCCCAAGCCUAUCGAAGAAUGCGGUGCUGAACUGAACGCCGCUCUGACUCGGCAAAGAGAGGAGAACAAGAAGAAGGAGUUGCUGUUCGUCGCGCACAAAGGAAAGGGCGUAGACUACGCCGUGAAGCCGGGGUCCACGUUGCUGCCAAAUGACACCCGGGAGGUUACAUUACGGAAGGGCAGGAUAAGGGGAGGGAUCAGGUCCGGCUUCGUCAAGGUGGACACCUACGAGCACGUGGAUGACUACGAGUGGACCCCUAUGCAUUUGCACUCCGGCUUUUUAUAA